AAACAUCUACUCUCUCUCUCUCUUUCUUUCCGUGCAAAAAUCACUUGUUCCCAAAGCAAAAUCUUCUUCUUCUUCAAGACAUCAGCAACUAACCAAUAGGAACAGAGAAUCAAAAGACAAAUAAAAUUAUUCAGACAAAAGAUGAGUUGCAAUGGCUGCCGUGUGCUCCGAAAAGGUUGCAGCGAGAACUGCAUACUCCGGCCAUGUAUUCAAUGGAUAGAAAGCGCCGACGCUCAGGGCCACGCCACCGUAUUCGUCGCUAAAUUCUUCGGUCGAGCCGGUCUAAUGUCUUUCAUCUCCGCCGUACCGGAAUCUCAACGUCCCGCUCUGUUUCAGUCUCUGCUCUACGAAGCUUGCGGAAGAACCGUGAAUCCAGUCAACGGAGCGAUAGGAAUGCUGUGGACGGGGAACUGGAACGUCUGCCAAGCUGCUGUCGAGACGGUGCUACGCGGCGGUUCUUUGAGACCCAUCCCCGAGCUUCUCGCUCACGGCGGCGGCGGAUUCGCCGGGUUUCCAACGGCUACUUCCGAAGAAGCAUCUGAGAUAUGCACCGAAAUGUUGAGUCUCCAGCACAACGAUGGUUCUUCCGACGAUCGUAACAUGUACCAUCAUUCGAGAUUUUCGAGCUCAAGAUCGAGAUCCAGACUAGAUUCUUCUCCGACCAAACGUAAGCGAGUAGAGCAACAACCAUCUUCCGAGCUCGAUCUGUCUCUGAUCCCUAAUUUCCCUGUAAAAACAACGCCUUGCUCCACACGGCAGCGAUCGAGAACACCCUCGAUGAACUCCGAGGAAUCAGUGACGACGACUACUACUACUACACCGACGUCGUUUUGGGAUAACACUGCAGCUGGUGGUGAUCUGUAUGGGAACGGAAGCAAGCUGCUUAACCUGUUUGUUUAAGGAAACUUUGUCGUUUUUUCCCCUCUGAUUUUAGCUAGGGUUCAGAAUUGUAAUUUCUUCCCAUUUUUCGUGGAUACAAGAUAUUUGGGACCAGGUUUUGUUCUCUCGGUUCAGAAGUUAUAUUCACCAAUGUUAAACUUAAUAUUAAGAGAUGAAUUUCUAAAA